CUUCAUUCGUUCGCUGGAUUUGACAGAAGAAAGUAACGUGCGUGCCAUCAGUGCUGAUCGAUACAGCAAAAUGGAUGUGAAAAACUGCGGCUUCAUCGAUCCGCAGGGACAGCUGAGCGCAGGCCUAGCCAGUCGGGAUAUAAGGGAAUUCCACACGGCCCUGGACAACGGUGCACAGCCGAAUCUCCAGGACGAGCGCCACACGACGCUCUACGAGAAGGCGCUGUCCACACCGGGAUGCGCACAGUUUAUCGAGGCCUGCCUGGCCCACGGCUGCAAUGUAAACUAUAUAAAUCAAAAGCUCAACAAGGCUGCCCUUAGCUAUGCCGCAGACUCGCGGGAUCCCUCGAAUCUGGCCGUGCUGCUGCGCCAUGGGGGAGUCCAGGUGGACCGCAAGUAUAGCCAGCUGACGCCCCUCAACUCGCUGGCCAAGAAUCUCACAGCGGAGAAUGCCUCAACGGUGGGCUCCUGCAUCCAGCUGCUGCUCGAGCACGGCGCCUCUCCGAAUGUGGUGGAUCAGGGCGAGUUCACGCCCCUCCACCAUGUGCUGAAGAACCGGAAGAUUGAGGCCGGCACCAAGAAGGAGCUGAUCGGGCUGUUCCUGACCCAGCCCCAGCUGGACAUUGACAGCUAUCGGAACGGGCAGGUGCGCCAGAUGCUGAAGGAUCAGUAUCCGGAACUGUCCCUGCCAGAGCUGCGCGAGCCCGGAGCAGAGAUCGACUGCGAGCGACUUCUCCGCACGCUUCGGGAUGGAGACGAGACCCAGUUUGAGCAACAGUUUGCGGAGUAUCACCAGAACGUGAGCGGCAACGCGGACAACCAGCGCAACGCCAACCAGGAGGAGUAUCUGUCCCUGCUGGAGGAGAGCAUUAAGCGGGGCAAGCAGCGAGCCUUCGAGGCCAUCCUCGAAACGGGCAUCAACAUCAAUCAAGCGAAAUUGAAUGCGACCAGCCCCGUGGAGCUGGCCGUGAUCUGGGGCAACCACAGGGCACUGGAUGUGCUCCUGAAGCACCCGCAGCUGAGGCUGAACUCGAAUGCCAAGCUGCUGAAUGCUGUGAUCAGUCGCUUGGAUGAGCAGCCACUGGACGACUUCUGCGACCACCAGCGCUGCUUGCAGCUGCUGCUCGAGAGCGAUCGUGUGGACAUCAACGAGGCGGACAAGGGUGGCCAGGUGCCGCUCUCCUAUGCGGUGAAGUACCGCAACAUCAAGGUGGCACAGGAGCUUCUCCGACAUGGGGCGUACAUUGGGGCCAGAAGCGCGUUCGGGGAUCUGCCCAUACAGGAGAUGGACCCGAAAGUGCUCGAGGAGCACUUCGAUUCCUGCAUCACCACCAACGGGGAGAAGCCCGGCGACCAGGGCUUCGAGAUCGUCAUCAACUACAAGAAUCUGAUGCGACGGCAGCAAGAGUCCGGGCAGUCGGACAAGCGGACAAGCAUUCCACACCAACUGCAGGACGAGAUGACGCCAAUCGCGUACAUUGCCGAGUCCAAGGAGCUGCGCCACCUGCUGCAGCAUCCGCUCAUCUCGAGCUUCCUCUUCCUCAAGUGGCACCGCCUCUCGGUGAUCUUCUACCUGAACUUUCUGCUCUACACGCUCUUCACUGCCUCCAUUAUCACGCACACGCUGCUGAAGUUCCACGAGAGUGACCACACGGCCCUGACGGCACUCUUUGGGCUGUUCUCCUGGAUAGGCAUUGUGUAUCUCAUAGUCCGAGAGGUCAUUCAGUUUGCCAUGUCGCCGCUGCUGCACUUCUGGUCCAUCACCAACCUGAUGGAGGUGGCUCUGAUCGUCCUCUCUAUCCUGACCUGCAUGGAGGCCAGCUACGACAAGGAGACGCAGCGCGUGCUGGCCGUCUUCACCAUUCUGCUGGUGUCCCUGGAGUUCUGCCUGCUGGUGGGCUCCCUGCCAGUGCUCUCCAUAUCGACCCACAUGCUCAUGCUGCGCGCCGUCUCCAGCAGCUUCAUCAAGAGCUUUGCCCUCUACUCGAUCUUUGUGCUGACGUUCAGUCUGUGCUUCUACAUACUGUUUGGCAAGCCGCAGGUGGACACGAAGGACAGCACGCCAGAGCCCGCAAAGGAGGGAGAAGACGAUGGGCACUUCAACACCUUUUCGGUGCCCAUCGAGGCGCUCAUCAAGACGAUUGUGAUGCUCACGGGAGAGUUUGAUGCCGGCGACAUCAAGUUCGACAGCGUCUACACCUAUCUGAUAUUCCUGCUCUUCGUUUUCUUCAUGACCAUCGUGCUGUUCAAUCUGCUCAAUGGUCUAGCCGUGAGCGACACUCAGGCGAUCAAAGCACAGGCGGAGCUGAACGGCGCCAUUGUGCGCACCAAUCUGCUGACGCGCUACGAGCAAGUUCUCACUGGCCGAGACGGACACGCUGGCUUCAUUGUGGGCAGCGAACCGUUCCGCAGCAUCUGCCAGCGAUUGAUGAACAUCUACCCCAACUACCUGAGUCUGCGGCAGAUCUCGGUGCUGCCCAACGACGGCAACAAGGUGCUGAUACCCAUGAACAAUGGCUUCGAGCUGCAGCCCCUGAAUGGCAAGAGCCCGACCAGCUUCCAGCAGCUGCCCACGAGCGCCACGCAGAAGAAGCUGCUGGAUCCGCCGCUGAAGCUGCUGCCCUGCUGCUGCUCCGUGCUGACCGGCCAGUGUUCCCAGAUUGAUGGCCGGACCGUGAAGCUCGCCCUGGCCCUCAUCGAUGAGAAGUCCAGUGCGGAGCAGAGGCGUCAGCGGGACCAGAUUAGCGAUCGACGGCUGCAGAUCAUCGAACAGAAGCUGGACCAUCUGCUGCAAGUGCUGCAGGAGCGCACUUAGUCGGGCUCUGCUGGGGAUUGGGGGACUCAGCUCUAGUAUUUAUUUAAUGAGUAAUUGUUUAGCAUUUAACAUAUGUGCGUAUAGCCCGCACUCAAAGCAGACUCGCAGCUUAAGUUAGUCAGAAAUUGUUUUUAUUAACAUACGAAUAAUGAAAUUGAACAAAACCCUUAAUAAUCUGCUUGUUGUCAGUAAGUACAUAAGUAGUAUAUAAUGGUUAUAUAGACAGUAAAUAUUGUAUAAACGAAUACCUUUACUGUACGUACCAUUUUGUACCCGAGUAAAUAUUUUGAAAUUGCAAAUGUUAGAUUUAUGCAUUCUUGAAUUUUCAUUUCGUUAUUAUAAUUAUUAUCUUUAAUUGGUUUUCCGUUUUCCGUUUUCAUUUUGUUUUUAUUUUGUUUUGUAUCUGAUAUGAUUCGGUUCAAAAUGUGAGUGUAUUGUUUACCCACAUAUUAUUAUGUUCUUAAUGGUUCUUAAUCUUUUGCGUUUCUUUUUUAUUACCCUUUUGUUUUGUUUUCUAAAUUAAUUGUUAGCAGCGGAGCUGAGGAGCGUAGCGGAUCAAAUCAAUCAAAAGUUGAUGGCUCUAAAGGAAGAGCUAACGAGGCAGUCAAUGGCAAAUGGAAAUUUAUGCAAAUGCAAACCAUGCGGCAAUAAUUUGUUAACAAUUUGCUGCCCAAUUAUCGUUUUGAUAGAGACAAAUUAAGCGAAAAUUUUGAUUUCAUCCGUUGGAGCGUGCUUGGAGCGAGUGAGUGGAGCGCAGGCAAUGGUUAAGCUAAGCUAGAAUUGGAAUUAUUAUAAAACUAUGCAUUGUGUGUAAUAUUUAAUUGAUUUUUGAUUAUGCCAUAGCUGUUGCUGCUGCGAUUUUAGGACUAGGACUAGGACUAGGGCUAGGACUAGGACGACCAAUAAGGCGGCAAAUCAAAAUAAUUGACUUAGUUCUCAGAGUGUGUUAAGCAAUUGUGCGCCACGCCACGGCACGCCACGCCUGCUGCUAUAGCUUUUGUUUUCGAUUUCCUGUACGUAAUAAAUAUCUAUCUGUA